ACCUUUCCUAAAGUGUGUGAGCUCUAUGAGCUUAGCGAUGACCUGAAUCCUAAUAUCGAUGUAUAUCCCAUUUUUCAUUGUGGUUCUGCUAACCUAAGUAGCGAAAAGUCUGAAACCGUGAUUAAGCAUCUAAUAGCUGAAUUAAAACUUUGCCAAGAUAUUACUCCUCUUGACAAGGCAUAUGAGGCAACAAAGACAAUUUAUUCUUACUGCUAUUUAGUUUCUGAGGUCUCGUUUUACAAAGAUAAUUUUAAGCUCAUACCGGAAAAACUUAUCGAAAGUCGAAAUAGACAAGAGAACCUUGAUUAUGCAGUAGAGUGUCGUUCGACUGGUAGAAUCCUUGGUGUAAUCGAAGUUAAGAAGGAAGAUUUUAUGAAGGGAUUUGCCCAGAUGUCUGUGCAGAUGGAGUCAACUUGUCACGUAAAUGCAAGGCAGAUGAAAUCGAUAACAGACAGGAUGUAG